AUGUCAGGGAACCCACAUAUCAAUAUAUUGAGCUCUAAUUAUAACCGGUAUGGAACUUCAGUGUUUCAGACACUUUACCACGACGAGAGAGCUGAUCGUAGUGAAUUGGAUGGUAGCGACAGACAACGGAUGUCGUCAGAUGCACGAUCUAUGCGAAAGCCCCCUGGAAGUGGGACCGCAGAUGAAGCUGACAGAACGAGCUCAAAAAUCAAACGUAAAUACAGAUCGCUAGUACAAAGCUAUGGUGGUAAUCGAUCUGUAAGGGCCAAGAAGUUCAUUGGCAAGCUGCACGACCACAGUUCCAGCGAUUCGUUCUCCAUCUUUUCGCUCAGAAGCUCGUACUCUAACCGCAACCUGGCCACCGCCCAGCCGAAGACGGCAAGUACCGGGACGGGAGCUCAGCAUGCUGCGAUAUUCGAGAUAUCUAGACCUUACGAUGAUAUCAACGCACUUCCUGUCGAACUCCUAGCACUAGUGAUGCAGCAGUUCACGGCUGGUGCCUGCUUAGAAGACCCGAAAACGCUAGUUAUGGGGUUAUAUGUCAACAAGAAGUUUUAUGAAGCCACGAAAAACGAACUCUACGAAGCUCCCUCGUUCACUUCAACCUACAGAGUCGCCCAGUUUGUCACCAGUCUGCGGGUGAGUCCCAAAAAUGGGCUGUUGGUGAGACACAUCAAUCUUUCGGAGCUUAGGAACGGGCUUAUGGAUGGAUGUAGAGACAACGCUAAUGAGCAGUCGCGGUCUGAAGAUGAACAUCGUUUUGCUCGUGAGAUAGCUCCGACACGCGAGAUUUUACAGGAAGAAAGAGAAGACGGGUUCGACGAUGACGACCAGAGGGAAGGUACUGAUGUCAAUGGGGAUCGUCAUGACCCAGAAAGUGGGAGAGUCUUGACACAAAUAGAGGAAGAUCUUCCAGACGUUGCCUUGGCUGGGUGGAGGGAUUGGAGGUAUAGGUACGAUCCUCUGUAUGGGAAUCAUCUGCUCAGCUGUCAUAAUAAUCUGCGAAAAGUGGCUUCAAGGUCAUCUUCAAUUCAUUCAACGGCAACUACCGGUACGGGCGCCAACACAAAAAGGUCUCACCGGUCAAAUAGCUCCGUCAGCUCUUUCACCUCAAGUAUAAUGUCGUCAUUUUACAAUUCUUCGUCAUUUUCGUCGCUCAGCUUGACCGCGUCUUUUGAUUCCAAGACAGGCGUUGAACAGGGCAAGUGGUUCAGCAAACUCUUUAGCUCUAAAAAAACUGCUAAGCAACGUCGUGAAAAAUUCGUCGAGGCCCAGCUCAGAAAUUACAACAAUAUCGACGAGUCGUCGGUGGACCACAGCAGAGGAAGCUCUGACAACAAAAACUGCGUGAAAUUCUCUAUUCAAACCAACCUGAAAGACCAACCAUUUAGCGAGCGGCACCCAGUGACGAAUAAAUUUUUGCUGAAAUAUUCUCUUUCGAAGGAUAUCCCACUGGGCUACCUUUUCCACAUUGUACACCAUUGCCCGAAUAUACUUUCUCUGAAUCUGGCCAACUUAGUCCUCUCUGCAGAUUUCCAAGUGCAUUUGAGAAUGGAUCCCGCUAGAAUGCACCGAUCGUCGUUAUUACCUGACGUCGAAGUCGCGACAUCUAGCGAGGAUGCUUUGUUGGGCAAAAAUUUGGAGCCCGUCUACUUCACCGACUCUAGCAAAGGGCACGCAUUUUAUGGCGGAAAUACUAGUGCGAAGCUGAAAGUCCUGGACGAAUUGCAUUUUGUGUCACCUUACACCAUGCUAGGAGAAUCGUGGAUCUCAUCCAAAUAUCCACCACCCAUAGACCAACACACCAAGAUCAGAAGUCAGCGGGUCCGGAAUCGAAGAAUUCAAAAUUACAACCUCACCAAGCUUGAAGUUCGGGAUCUAUUUCACUUGGUGUAUGAAAAGUUGACGAGACUCACACAUUUACAGAUGGAUAAUGUAGUUUGGUGCAAUCAGCCAGACGUGAAGGAGUUUGUCUUCUCGUCGCUGGAAAAAAAUGCCGACCUCAAUGUCUCUUUUGCCCACGCAGGCAUGGGCAGGAACCUAUCGUGGGCAUCAAAGGGGAGCGUUUCCCAGUUUGUUGCAAUUGUGCUGCUAGGAGAGAUACUUGACCGCGAUGAUCUGUAUCUGGAAGAUUUGUUCAAUGUUCGCACUGAGCGUUUCAGUUUCAACGCAAACCGCGAUCACCUUCUACUGGGCCGUUCAAACAAGCUUCUAGUCCAUACUUACAACCAGCAGACAUUACAAUGUACGCUACUACUACGCCGUAGUUGUUCUUUGGGUUUGGAAACCACUUUGGCCUCAGACUCCACGAUUAUUUGUGAGAUAGCGUUGGGAGGUAUGCCACCUGACUGUGAUGAAAGCUUAACUAGAGUUCACGAGCUCGCGCGUGAGCUCUUGAAUCGUCUCGAGAAUUUGCGUACAGCUAAUUUACACAGACACAUUGGUGAGAAUCAGUAUAUCUUCCAUUAG